AAAUUAGUGCAAUGAAAAUCAAAGUACAGAUAAAUUCUAAAGAGUAGUGGGAACAACUGUUGGUUGAGAGUGCAUAUAUAACUACAGGUGGUGCAAUUGCAACCCACCUUAGUUGCAAUUUAUCCAACGAUCAGUCAGUAUAAACCCCAAGCCAUGGACCGCUGGACGGGGAAAGUCGCAGUUGUAACCGGUGCUAGCUCGGGCAUUGGGGCUGCCAUCGUACAAGAGUUAGCCCGUGCAGGCCUCACAACGGUUGGUUUAGCACGUCGCGUUGAUCGUGUUGAAGCGUUGAAGGGGUCUCUACCAGCCGAAGCUGCCGCCAGGUUGCAUUCCCUCAAGUGUGAUGUAACGAACGAGGAAGACAUUUCGCGAGCUUUUUCGUACGUUUGUGCAAAGUUUGGUGGCGUGGAUGUUCUCGUUAAUAAUGCGGGCAUCUCAAGGGAUUGCACGGCACUGAUGACGGGAAACGGCCAGGACGUCCGGGAGAUCUUUGAAACGAACGUGCUGGGACUGAUCACGUGCAGCCGGGAAGCGUUUCAGUCGAUGAAGCACCGAGGAUCGGAUGGACACAUCAUCCACAUCAACAGCGUGGCCGGUCAUCAGGUGCUGGACCUUCCCCGCCAAUCGGUGUACAGUCCGAGCAAGUUUGCCGUGACGGCACUCACGGAAUCGAUGAGAACCGAGCUGAGGAAUCAGGGCACGAAGAUCAAAGUUACGAGUAUCAGUCCCGGAAUUGUGAAGACCGAGAUAUUGGACGGCAUUCCAAACGUAGAGCAGCUCCCCAUGCUGCUUCCGGAGGAUAUUGCCGGCGCCGUGAUUUAUGUACUGAGUACCCCACCAAGGGUUCAAAUUCACGAACUCACAAUCCGUCCUGUAGGGGAGCCAUUUUGAGGCUUUGGUGUUUUUUUUAAUUCUAUUUA